GUGAUGUUCUCCCUGUUCAUUUUAUUUAGUAACUCCUGCUGUGUUCUUAAGACAUUUUAGCCAUGACUAAGAGGGAUGCAGAGGAGCUGAUAGAAAUAGAAAUUGAUGGAACUGAGAAACAAGAAUGCACGGAAGAAAGCGUUGUUGAGCAGACCUACACCACAGCAGAGUUUGUGAGUCAAGCUAUUGACAUCAAUGAGCCGGUUGGAAAUCUUAAGAAGUUACUGGAACCCAGACUGCAGUGCUCCCUGGAUGCACAUGAAAUCUGUCUGCAAGAUAUCCAGUUGGAUCCGGACCGCAGCCUCUUCGAUCAAGGAGUAAAAACAGAUGGAACAGUACAACUCAGUGUGCAAGUAAUAUCUAGGCAAGGGAUAGAGCCCAAGUUAAACAUCCUUGAGAUUGUGAAGCCUGUGGAGACUGUGGAAGUAGUGAUUGAUCCAGAUGCUCAUCAUGGUGAGGCUGAAGCUCACCUUGUUGAAGAAGCUCAAGUGAUAACCUUGGAUGGAACAAAACAUAUAACAACGAUUUCAGAUGAGACCUCUGAACAAGUGACACGAUGGGCUGCAGCACUGGAAGGCUAUCGAAAGGAGCAGGAGCGCCUUGGAAUUCCCUACGAUCCCAUACAGUGGUCGACAGACCAGGUGCUGCACUGGGUGGUGUGGGUGAUGAAGGAGUUCAGCAUGACUGACAUAGACCUCAAUGCGCUUAGCAUCCCCGGGCGCGAGCUCUGCAGCCUCAGCCAGGAGGACUUCUUCCAGAGAGUCCCACGGGGAGAGAUUCUCUGGAGCCAUUUGGAGCUGCUUCGGAAGUAUGUGUUGGCUAGCCAGGAGCACUCUGGAGAAAUAGCAACUGUAACUAUUGAUCAGCCUGUGCAAAUUAUUCCAGCAUCUGUACAGCCUGCUACCCCAACCACCAUUAAAGUAAUCAACAGCAGCGCAAAGGCAGCUAAAGUACAGAGAGCUCCGAGGAUCUCUGGGGAAGACAGAAGUUCCCCUGGCAAUAGAACAGGAAACAAUGGCCAGAUCCAAUUAUGGCAGUUUUUAUUAGAGCUUCUUACUGACAAAGAUGCUCGGGACUGUAUUUCUUGGGUUGGUGACGAAGGAGAGUUUAAACUGAAUCAACCUGAACUGGUUGCUCAGAAAUGGGGACAGCGCAAAAACAAACCCACCAUGAACUAUGAGAAGCUUAGUCGGGCCCUGCGAUAUUACUACGAUGGAGACAUGAUCUGCAAAGUGCAAGGCAAGAGGUUUGUGUACAAGUUUGUGUGCGACCUGAAGACCCUGAUCGGGUACAGCGCGGCGGAGCUGAACCGGCUGGUCACGGAGUGCGAGCAGAAGAAGCUGGCCAAGAUGCAGCUGCACGGCAUCGCGCAGCCCGUCACGGCCGUGGCGCUGGCCACGGCCUCCCUGCAGGCAGAGAAGGACAACUGAGCGCCAGGACGGGACGGGGAGCCGCAGGCCUUCGUGUGGGAGUGCAGCACUUGCUGCUCUUACCUUUACCACAAUUGGAAGUUUCUUUUCUUUCUUGACAGUACAGUAUGAUGCAUGAUUUUCUACCAAGAAAGGGGACUGCUGUGAAUUUGGAUCUUUUAACAGCAUAUAUUUCAGUGUAAGUUAAGGGAUUACCACAACCUGUGCAGCUUUGAGGCUGGGUCUGUGUGGUAGGCGAUCUGGAAUUGGCGAGGAGGGCUCAGCUGGUCGGUGUUGUGUGUCCAUAGCUCUACAAGGUCAUUUUUGCAGUGCUUUU